AUGGUCCUCCACCUCGUGCAGGAUGCAUUCAUUUCAGGCUUGGGCUUGUCUUAUACAUGUCAUAUCCGUAAAGUUCCUGGAGACGUCGCCCUCAUCUUGCUAUGCAUGGAAUACGGCAUGUGCUGGUUCAUGCUGAACGACGGUCUGCGGGGUCUGGAAUUCGUGGGCGUACAGCUAGGAACAGCUCUACUUGCUACGGCCUUUUAUCGGCUCUCCCCUUGGCAUCCUUUGGCAUCCUUUCCCGGACCGGUACUGCACAAACUCUCUGGAUUGAAAUCCGCCCAACUUGUGUACACCGGGAAGCGCCACCUGGCCAUCGAGCGUCUCCAUAACAUAUACGGAGUAUUCGUACGGACAGGCCCCAACACAGUGUCUAUCCGGUCAUUGAAUGCUGUAAAUUCCAUUUAUACGGCCGCAGACUGCAUGAAUAAGAGCGACGCCUAUCUCCUCGGUCGAACGAAGGCGUCAGGCAUGUUUUUCAUCCCCGACAGAGAUGAACACAACCUGAGAAGGUCCAGAUGGGCCGGCGCGUUCACGCCUUCUGCUUUAAAUGGAUAUGAGCCCUUUAUCAAGCGCAGAGUCAAACAACUGGUGUCCUGUCUAGAGGAUAGGUCAGAUUCGGAGUAUAAUGUGAACCUUGUUCCGUGCUUCCAACAUUUCACAUACGAUUUGAUGGGCGACAUUGUGUUCGGUGGAUCGAACCGAAUAGAGCUUAUGUCUGACGGCGACCCGCACUCGUAUGUUCAAUGCGGUCACUUUGCCACUAUGACAUUUGAGAUUCUCGGAGAAGUGCCGUGGUUGUUUAACAUCUUGUAUCACUUGCCUAUCACGAAGGACAUCCAUGCUCUGAAGCGUUUCUCGGAUACUCUGAUGCGGACCCGAAAGAUGGAUACAAAUGGUCCGCACAACGACUUAUCCGCACAUCUGUUGGGAGAAAUAGACUCUGAGGAGAAAUCCGCGACCAUGUCAGACGAGGAGCUGGUGGAAGACUCAGUAUUCGCUGUUCAAGCCGGAUCGGACUCUACGGCAUCGGUGCUCACGUUCCUGCUAUACUAUAUGAUCAGUAGUCCCACCGCUCUGAAGACGCUGCGCGCUGAAAUCGACUCGGCCUUCAUGCGUGACCCGUCUCAAGCUCUUAAUUCCAGCGUGCUCGCAAGUCUCCCAUACCUCAACGCCGUUGUAAAGGAAUCCCUGCGCUUGGGCACUCCCUUUCCGGGACUUCCCCGCGUCGUGCCUCCACGAGGGAUGAUCUUAGAAGGAAAAUAUAUACCAGGAGGUACAGUAGUCAGCGUCCCGGCGUAUGCAAUCCAGGUCUCGCCAGAGCAUUUCGGCCCCGAUCCGCUCUCGUUCCGUCCUGAACGCUGGCUGAACACUGAGCACCUCGUCGAAGGUAAAGCCGACAGAUCAGCUUUGAUGUGCUUCUCAUUCGGUCCCUUCAGUUGCAUGGGAAGAAAUCUGGCUAUACGCGAACUUCGAAUGGCCUCCGCGUACUUGUUCUUGACCUUCGACAUCGCCUUCAGUGAUAAGUUUGAUUCUGAACGCUGGAUCCAGGCCAUAUCAGGCGUGAGGUCCACAAUAUUCGGGGAACCGUUACUCGUCAAAAUUAAUAAACGGUCCACGGGCUAG